CCCAGCCCUUCCUGUGCAGACACUGAGUGGGAAUGAUGGAGAGGAAUUGGGCUUCUUAGAUGAGCUGCUCCUCAUUUAUUACCUUUAUCUGCAAGACACCAGGCUCCCUAGCAUUAAGAGGCCUUGAGCUCCACCAGUUCAUUUUAACUCUCUGUAUAAGAUUUAACAAGCAAAUUAUGACUGGAGAAGAGCGGGAGGUAGCUAAACUCAGUGCACCAGCUAUGCAUCACUGCCCCCCAUCCCCCAAACAAGGAAAAGGAGUGACUUUGAAUGUUAAAUGGCUUAUUGCUAAACAAUGAAUUCCUUCAUAUAUUACUACAGUAAGGUUACAAGAUGUUUAAAAAGAUUAAUAGCUCAAUAUCUAUUCUGAAUCGGAGGCUUCACUACCCUCUCACCCUCUCCCACUCUCACCUUUCCCUUCCCCCCUGAAGGUACCCAAGUGAACUGAAAUUUCACCUUUCAGUAAUAGGUUUUAGCUUAAAAGCACUAAAAGUUCACUUGAGUUGCAAUUUAAGAUCAUUUUGGUGAAUCACUAAAUACUGGGGGAGUGGGGAGGGGCAGGUGGUGCAGAGGAAGCGGUAGGAGGAAAAUUCACAUUUUUCAUCUGAUGCCCUAAGGGAUUCAGUCUCUUUUAUAAAAAGUGUUAAGAUUGCUACUCUGAGACCUUCUUUAAAUAAAAUAAAAUGAAUUUUAUGUACUAUAAAGAAAUUUCCUAUUAUGAAUUGCAAUAUUGGCAUGAUCACAAACUUGACUCUUGUCUUCACUUAUCCUGACUAGAACCUAGCUCUGAUAAGAGAGGAAUUCUAAGACUUUUCUUGAAAAGGAGCAACAUUAAAUUCUUUGCUAUGUAUAGCAAGAACUAGAGAAAGAAGAGAAUGCCUCGAAGGAUCUGGUUCAAGUAAAUAUUUCUUGGAAUUCAGUGACUUCCCUGUAAAUCAGUUCUCUCCUCAUUUCCAGUAUUUCCUCAGAACUCAGAGAAGUUAUUCAUAGAUGUCUAUUCGUAGAGUCUUCGCAAGCAGCUAACACUGUGUAUCAGACAGUAGAGCUUCCUUUAUCCAAACCCAAUUCAGUUAACUUAAUCCAGUUAGCUCUUCUGGUUUCAAUGUUUGCAAUGAAAUAUAAGCCCACUGCUAAAGAAGAUUGAUCAAGAAUGCCAGCCAAAACUGGAAAAAAUCUAUCAUCUCCUGAUAAUUUCAACCUAAGACACAUAGACUUCAAAAAUAAUACAUUCUUCUUCUUUUUUUCCCCAAAGAAAUAUGUUUUAUAGUAUAAUAGUAUCUAGAAAAUAAGUAGUUGAUUAGACUACUGAAUGCAUGUGUACAAUGGCUACUCAUAUUUGGGAAAGUUCAGUUUUACAAUAUAAAACUGAAUGGUCAGUCAUCAGAAGGCAGCAGCACUAUGGAGCUGGGGGUGGUAUAAAAUAAAAACGUUCAGACUUCCAAUGGGUUUCCAGGUAUUACUUCAUGGACAUGAAUCAUUUUAGAUGUUUGAUUAUAAUAUUAAAAGUAACUUGAUCACUUUCAAUUUUAUAUGCUAUACACAAAUUCACCAUUUCAUUUGUCAACUCAAGAACCAUUCUCUGAAAAACAAUACUGGUGUGCUUGAGUUUCCCCACCUUCUUUUGUUCAGUUAAGCAUCUCCAGGGAUAAUUUCUUUGUUUUUUUCUUUUUCUAAAUUGUUUUCAGAAUGUUCCUAUGUCAACAGCACGGAAGCCACUGUAUUCAUUGGUUCUGCUGAGUUCCAGCAUUAAAAAUUACAAAGCAACCCAACACAUUGUCACCCAGGAGUGUAAACCAAGAUUGAGUUUCCAAGUCUGGGGCAUCUUCUCUGAUUUUCAUUCUCUGCUGUUGUACAAAAGAUGUCAAAAAACACAACAGAGAACUCAAAUUACACUCACAUAGUUCUUCUAGGUUUUUUCCUGGCUAGCAUUUCACUGGUCACUGUUGUCAUGAAUGUAUUAGUAUUAUGUGCUGUGAAAACUGAGAAGAAGCUGCAAACAGUUGGCAACUUAUACAUUGUUAGCCUCUCUAUUGCAGAUCUUAUCGUUGGUGCAGCUGUUAUGCCCCUUAAUAUUGUUUAUCUCCUAAACCAUGUGUGGACUCUGGGCUUAACAGCAUGUUUGUUCUGGCUGUCAAUGGAUUAUGUGGCCAGUACUGCAUCUAUUUUCAGUCUCUUCAUACUAUGCUUAGACCGUUACCAUUCCAUUCAACACCCCCUGAAAUAUCUCCAGUAUAGAACAAAAAUGAGAGCAUCACUGGUGAUUUUGGGAGCUUGGUUGCUCUCUUCCUUAUGGAUCAUCCCAAUCCUAUGGUGGCGUGAUCCUGCCAAUGAUGAGAAAAGGAAAGGAAAAACAAACUGCGAAACUGAGUUCUCUCAUGUCACUUGGUUCAAAGUGUUGACAGCCAUUGUCAAUUUCUAUCUGCCCUCUAUCAUAAUGUUGUGGCUCUACUGUAAAAUAUUCAGAGCUGUUCGAAAACACUGCCAACAGAGAGAAGUCGUCAAUGGAUCAUACUGCUCUUUCUCUGAAAACAAAAAUGUAAUUCAUAAUAAGGCAAAGGCCAAGCAAAGUAUUUGCCUCCAAAAGCAAAGCUUACAUGAAAACACAACUCAUAAAGACAAACAGAUGUCGUCUGAGUGCAGAACUAUGGCAGCAAAACCGCUUUUCAGUAAGGCUGACAAGUCUUCAAAGGCUUUUGUUAGCAGCAGUAACAGCAAAGCCUUUAAAUCCAGUUGUUUGCCUCUCACCACUGCCCAGUCUGAGCCAGAUCUGGAUAAAGCAGGAAAGAAGAGUAUGUGUGUAGAAAAGGACAAUAAAAAUGAAGAGGACCCUCACUCACAGGACAGCGACGUAAGUGCUGCAUCAGACAGCGAUACUUUCACAGACAACGUGCCUUCUGGAGAGCAGCCCAAUCCUAAUCCUGAUAGAGCCUGCAUUCCUCAGGAAAAUACAGAGAACAGGGAUUUCAGAGGACUGACUUACCUGAGGAAAACCUGGCAAACCCUACAUACUCAUUCCAGAAUACAUCUUCAAAGACAGCACGUGAACAGGGAGUGGAAAGCAGCUAAGCAGUUAGGGGUCAUAAUGGCAGCCUUUAUGCUGUGCUGGAUUCCCUAUUUUGUGUUAUACAUGGUAACUGUUUUCCAACACCGUGAACAGUUUUACAAAUUACAUAUGUUCACUAUAUGGCUCGGCUAUGUGAAUUCCACCUUAAAUCCAUUCCUGUAUCCUCUUUGUAAUGAGAAUUUCAAGAAGACAUUCAAAAAGAUCCUUCACAUUCAGUAAUAUCACACUGGCUUUUUUUCUGAGCUAAAAAGCAUCCCAUAAAAUCAAUCAAAUGAAAUGUUCCAGUUUCAAAGGCAAAUACUGUGAUAAAUUAGAAGGCUUUGGAAAACUAAUUUAUAAACAAGUGUUGGUAAAAGUGGGAUAUGUUCAUAUAACAGCUUCAGCACGUUUGAAGAAUGAAUUCUUAUCAGGAAUCCGAAAAGCUCAUUAGCCAGUCUCAGAUCUGUUACACUAUUGUAAAUAUUUUAUGAUUUGAGAUUCUCUCUUUCGUCAUAUAGAACUAACCUGAGUGUACAAAAAGAGAUCAUCAGGGAUUAUAAGUUAUUCAGCUAUGGAAAAGGCAGAAAGAGAAUACUGUUUCUGUGACCGGUCAAAGGUUUUUUUUCUUUUUUAACUUACUGCUUUGAACAGGGAACACACUGCUUGUGAAGAGAGGUCUUCUGCAGAAAGAGGUACUUUGCACAGUUAAAAAAGAAGCUUCUACUGUUUGAAGAAAUCUACACUGUUUAUUUAUAGCUUUCUCCAAGUCAUACACUUGUUUGGAAGUCAUAGUUUAACCUACAGUAUCUACUUAAUAUCAUGCUUGCUUCAUUUAUACCAGUACACUUCAACUUCACUGAAAAAAGAAGUAUUGUUUGUCCUACACAUUUUGCUAAGACGUUCCAAACUCAAGAUAAUAUCAAGAAGGGUAGGCUGUUGUCUCUGACAACAUAUUUUCUUUGAGAAUAUACCUGAUUGUGGCCUAUAUGUAUUUUAUUCCUCCUAUGACUUGGCAAAUAGCCUAAGCAUGCAGCAGCAAUGCUAAUGCAUGUCUUUAGGACAGGCAAACUCUUCUCGCUACAGUGAGACAAGGUCCUAAGCAGCAACUCAAGCUUGCAAAACAGGAAAUAAAAUACAUGAAGUAUUUUUACCUUUCCUGUCCUUUACUUACAUAAGUUGUGCUGUAAACACUGUUAAAUAUUUUAGAAGAAGCAGAAUGAUAGAAUACUUAUGGUUGCAAAGGGUCUCAAGAAGCCACUUAAAUACAGCCUACAACUCAAAGCUGUGCUUUUGCAGUAUCCUCAGGGCCUCAUCCAUUCAACAAGACAUGAAAAGGGCUUCCUUUGAAAAAGCUGGAAGGCAGCUUUGACACAGAGGUUUGCAGGUUUCACCCUAGCAGCUCAAGUCAUUCCCUCGUUAAGCCAUCCAUUUCACUGUUUCUAAGUAUGAACAGCGCAGUGAGGUAAACCCUACUUUCCAGUCAAAGGAAGAAAACACAGUUCCUUAGCAAAAGAAUGCAGUCACCUACAUUACAUGAGCUGAUGAUUUAACAGAACAGUUACAUCAACAUAAACCAAAGUCUGCAGAUUGGGAAGAAAGAUGCAGAAUUGAGGCCAAGGAGAUCUCUGGUCCUGUAUGAUCCAAACAUGUCAAGACUGUACAUUUGUGGUACACAAGUGAAGCAUUCAUUUCUGUACUGUAAUGGAACUAAGCGAAAGAAACAUUUUGAGCAAACACUAAAUCUGACCUCUGGGGCAGAAUUGCUAUGGGACUCCAGUCAGUUUUUAAGAAGACCAGAAUCAUGGGGGCUGGACUCGAUGAUCUCUAAAAGUCCCUUCCAGCCCCUACAAUUCUGUGAUUCUGAGAUUCUGUGAUAUCUUCAGCAGCAGAUGUCAUAUUCGUAUAUAGUAAUGAAUUGCAUUUAAUGGUGAAUGUUCCAUACAUGUUAGGAAAGGUGACUGGUGAGGCAUCCUGAAAGUUCAGUGUAAAAAGAAUAUAUUCUCGUUUGUGGGGGAAGAUGUAACUGUGAGCGAAUCACCAAAGAACUUAUCAGACUCUUUGAUAGACCUUAUCACUGUGAAACCUCGGGAGACCGGAGUGUGACAGAGAGCAAACAGCGUCUUUUUGCCUAUAAGGGUGAACAGGAGGUUCUUUUCUAUGCCUUGUUAAUCUUGUCACACUUAAGAAACCUUUCAUCCUUUAUCACUGUUGUUUGGGAGAAGUUAGGGUCAAUUAACUGAUUAGAGGAACUGUUGGAGGAACAGGAAUUUCUUGUUUGUAAAUGAGUGGUAUAUAAGAUGUAUGUUGAACACAAUAAAGUACAACUAUUCUGAUGCUAAAAGAAACUGUGAGAACUCUCUAACUUGACUGAGCACCGACACUCAUUGUCGUUUUGAUGUGUUGAUGUAUUUACCACUCUUAGAAUGUUUACUUGCUUCUGAGAACAGCAAAGGUCUGACAGAACUGGAGCUGUUUUAGCAGAGUGCUGUCACGUGUUUGGUGGGAAAAGUGAAAUGGAUGUGCUGUGUAAUAUCUUUUUACAUCAGAAGAGAAAAAUGGUAACAGUUGCAGGAGCAAUUCUCAAUUCUAUGUUCUUACUGAUCUUGAGCUACUUAGAGUCUUUCUGUGCCACACAUGCCUAUUUUGUAAGUGAACGUGACAAAACUUAGAAGAACAAUUAAACACUUAAGACAUUUACAUCAUGCUUAUAAUUUUUGGAUGCAGUACU